ACUUUGUAAUUGGCGGAUUCCAAAUCCAAAAUUUCACUCCACUUAAUUCUCUCUCAAUAAAAUCCGCCACAGUCAACCGGUUGAACCCACCUUCAAUCUUUCUUCAAUCCUAUCCACCCCACUUUUCUCUCUUACCUGCUCUCCCGGUUCCCCAUGGACCCACUCUCUAACACUUCAUUUCAACUUCAUUUAGCGUUCAUUUCAGUAUCAUUUCAUUUCACUCCAAAACUUUUUUAAAUUCACUCUAAAUUCGUUUCUUUUUCAUUUUCAUUUCAUUUCAAUUCAAUUUCAAAAACGUUACUUCUCUCUCUCUGAAAAAAUGCUUCCUCGUUUCUAUCAAUGGAAGCUCUGAACUGAACAACCAGAUCUCGUUUUCUUCUUCGGAUUCAUUCUUCAUCAUUCUCCAUUUUUCAUUCAGAUUGAUGAAUUAAUUUUCAUUUUCCACUCGUUUUUUCAACUUCAUUGAAUUUUCAACCCGAUCUUCAUCAUAACCACUCGUAAUCGCGGUGAGUCUUCACUCUUCAAUUCAACCGAUCGAGUUUCUUACUCGAUCUGAAAACUUUUAGUUCCAAUUAUCAUCAUUCAUUAUAGCAUUUUACACUAAUUUUAUACUUUGAAUUAUAUUCGUAUUGCUAUUGCAUCGUGUUGAUAAUUUUUUUUGCAAAUUUCUGUAUUAAUUUAAUGAUGAUAACAAUAAUAAUUUAGUUAAAAUAUAGUAGAGAUAGAAAUGAAGGAAAAUUAUAUUUAAAAUGAAAAACAUGAUCAGUGUUAUGUAAGAUUUUGAAGUGAAUUUGUGCUUUUGUUUUUAUUUCUUUAAUUCUUUAAUUAAUAAAAGGAUUUUUUAGUUUUUUUUUUAUGUUUUUACUUUGAUUCUGUGAUUUUUUCUGAUUGUGUAGAUUCUUGAUAUAUACAAGAGAUGCGAUUUUUGCUUCGUUAAAAUGGGAAUAAGAGAAUCAUGCUUAUUUGUUUUCUUUUACUUUUUUAAUUUUUGUUUUUUUUUUUUUAUAUUUCUAUUGACGAGGUAGUAACUUUAAUUAUUCUUUGUGAUAUGAUUCCGGAUUUUAUUCAGAUCUAUUUCUUUGCGUAAAGAAUCAUGUGUCUUGUGUGUGUUUAUGCGAUUUUAUUGGAAUAUUAGCCUAACUCUUUAUAUAUUUAGUUCUUUUUACGCUAUUGACUGUGCGUGUGUGACUCUGUUCUUAUUUGGUUCACAACUUUUUAGUUUUGUUUGGGAAAUUAAAUGGUGUUUAACUUUACGUAUUCUUGAGCUAAUUGAAGGAUGUGCGGUGGUCCUGACAAAUCAAAAUCUCUUUCAACUUCGUCAUCUCCAUCAUCGUCAUCAUCAUCUGCUGUAGAAGUUUCAAACAACGUCAAAGACAUGAAAAAUCUAACUGUUCGUACUGAUGAUUCUUUUUCCAGCUUACUUGAAUUUGCUUCUAACAAUGAUUUUGAAGAAUUUAAGGUAGCUUUAGAUAGUGAUGCUUCUCUUAUUAACGAAGUUGGCCUCUGGUAUGUCCGUCAAAAUGGAUCUAAACAAAUUGUUCUUGAGCACAGAACCCCGCUAAUGGUGGCUGCUUCCUAUGGGAGUAUUGAUAUUCUAAAGCUUAUACUCUCAUGUCCAGAGGCUGAUGUUAAUUUCUCCUGUGGGACAGAUAAAGGCACUGCUCUUCACUGUGCUGCUUCAGGGGGUUCUGUUAAUGCGGUUGAUGCUGUGAAACUGCUUUUAUCAGCUGGCGCUGAUAUCAAUUGUGUGGAUGCUAAUGGAAACCGUCCAGUUGAUGUUAUUGUUGUUCCUCCUAAGCUUGGUGGUGUGAAAACAAUUCUUGAAGAACUUCUCUCAGACAGUGCUUCUGAUGGGUCUGUUGAUGAUUGUUCUCUUCCAGCAUCUGUUAAUUCAUCAAGUCCUCGUUCAGCUGCCCCUUUUUCAUCAAAUGAAAACGGGUCUCCAUCCUCUCCUGGGGCUACUCCCAAGUUUACCGACACAGCUGCCAAUUUUACAUCAGAAAAGAAAGAGUAUCCAAUUGAUCCAUCACUUCCUGAUAUAAAAAACAGCAUAUAUGCUACAGAUGAAUUCCGCAUGUUUUCGUUCAAGGUUCGUCCCUGUUCUCGGGCAUACUCUCAUGAUUGGACCGAGUGUCCUUUUGUUCAUCCUGGAGAGAAUGCUCGAAGGAGAGACCCCAGAAAAUUUCAUUACAGCUGUGUGCCAUGCCCUGAUUUUAGAAAAGGGGCUUGUAGACGUGGGGAUAUGUGUGAAUAUGCUCAUGGAGUAUUUGAGUGCUGGCUGCACCCAGCUCAGUAUAGGACAAGGCUCUGCAAAGAUGGUACUAGUUGUAACCGAAGGGUGUGCUUUUUUGCUCACAUAACUGAAGAGCUUCGUCCGUUGUAUGUGUCCACUGGAUCUGCUGUUCCUUCACCUCGAUCAGCUGCUUCUGCUGCUAAUGUCAUGGACAUGGCUGCUGCAAUGAGUCUUUUUCCUAGUUCACCAUCAUCAAUCUCGUCCAUGUCUCCAUCUCCCUUUGCACAGCCAUUAUCUCCAUCUGCUAAUGGCAUGUCUCACUCAAAUAAUGCUUGGCCACAGCCAAAUGUGCCUGCUCUUCAUUUACCAGGAAGCAAUGUUCAAACUAGUCGUUUGAGAUCUUCUCUUAGUGCCCGUGAUAUGCCACUUGACGACUUCAACAAUAUGUUGCAAGACUUUGAUGGUCAACAGCACAUACUAAAUGACUUGAGCUGUUUCUCACAGCCCCGUCCUGGUGCUAUUUCAGUGGGUCGAUCUGGUCGGUCUAAAGCACUAACUCCAUCAAAUCUCGAAGAUCUAUUUUGUGCUGAAAUUUCAUCUUCUCCUCGGUAUUCCGACCCAGCAGCAGCUUCUGUAUUUUCUCCAACACACAAAUCUGCUGUCUUCAACCAGUUUCAACAGCUCCAAAGUUCUUUAUCACCUAUUAAUACAAAUGUCAUGUCUCCUAAGAAUGUCGAGCAUCCUCUAUUCCACCAGGCUUCAUAUGGUGUCUCUUCUCCCGGAAGGAUGUCACCAAGAAGUAUGGAACCCCUCUCUCCAAUGAGUUCUCGAUUGUCAGCAUUUGCUCAGCGUGAGAUGCAGCAGCAACAGAUGCGGAGCCUUAGUUCAAGAGAACUUGGUGCUAACAAUCCUGUCUCGGCUGUUGGGUCCCCUGGUAACUCCUGGUCCAAGUGGGGAUCCCCUACUGGAAAAGCAGAUUGGUCGGUGAAUGGACAUGAGUUUGGACGUUCACCAAGAUCCACCUCUUUUGAGCAUGGAAACAAUGGGCAGGAGCCUGAUCUAUCUUGGGUUCAUUCCCUUGUCAAGGAAUCCCCGCCUGAGAUAAAAGAGAAGCUGGCAGCUUCUGGUCCAAUUGCAUCUACUGAUCCGAAUUCCAAUCCUCAAGUGGAGUCUAUUGAUCAUUCAGUUUUAGGAGCUUGGCUCGAGCAAAUGCAGCUGGAUCAACUUGUAGUCUAGUCAUAUUUGACCCUUUUGCUACAUCUUGCUGUGAUAGAUAUUUAAUUUAAUUUCUUCAGGUACAUAUUCUUUUGGUGAAUUCGAGCCCCCCGAAUCAUGGAAGGAUGGCUGCAAAGUUCCUGAAGGAUAAUUGUUUUUUAUUUAUUCACUUUAAUUUUUGUCAUUCAUUAUUCUAUAUUUUACCUAAAAGCUUCAGAGAGUGGGAUAAAGAACUCUUUCUCUCUGAGCUUGUUAAUGUUAUCCAGUAGAAAAGAAAAGAAAAUCCUGUCGAGGUUCGGUAUUCUUCCAAAACAGGACUCUUUCUCAUUUUACUCCAACCCCCUCUAUCAAAGAAAGCUGAAUGGUUUUUAUAAAUCAACAAAACCAGUAUAGCUUCAUUUGUUUAUAAGUUCCUUUUCCUGCAAGUGUAUAAGAUUCUGUCAUCAAAUUUAUGUUGCAUAUGUAGGAAAUUGAACCGAGUUUCUUAUUGAGGAAUUAGUGGUGAUCUGAGCUAUUGAAUAUUUAUUGCAAGCAGAUAUUUUAGAAUACAGUGAAGUUUACUUUGUUCUUAUGUUGUAUAAGCUGAGUUGUACCAAUUGUUUUCAAUUCAAAACUGUGUUGUACUGAUUAUUUUCCAAUUCAAAGCUACUGUUAUUCAUAA